CGCUCCUUUUCCAGGAAAGUGGGAACUCGGAGGUGAUCCUGAUGAUCCUGGAUCUUGCCAGCCUGAACUCCGUGCGAGCUUUUGCGCAGACCUUCUUAGCAUCGGAGCCCCGUCUGGACAUCCUCAUCAACAACGCAGGGGUCUUUACGACUGGCCAAACUGCUGAUGGCUUUGACAUGGCCUUCCAGGUCAACCACUUGGGUCACUUCCUGCUGACCCACCUGCUCCUGGACCGGCUGAAGCGCUGCGCCCCGAGCCGGAUCGUAAUUCUGUCCUCGAGUGUGCAUUUCUUGGGGAAGAUCGACUUUCGGACCAUCCACAAGCCGGGAAAGGGGUUAUGGAAGAUGCUAACAUCCUACAACAGCAGCAAACUAGCCAACAUGCUGCACGCCAGAGAGUUGGCCAACCGGCUGGAAGGAAACAACGUCACCUGCUACGCGGUUCAUCCAGGAUCUGUUAGAACCGAACUUGGUCGCUCUUUUCCACGAUGGGUAUUUCGGGUGUUUGGGUUCAUGAAGCGGUUCAGACGAGAUUGCAAUGCGGGCGCCCAAACCUCCAUCUACUGCGCCACCGAGGAGGGCAUCGAGAGCCUGAGCGGGCGGUAUUUUGUGGACUGCAGGCCGAAGGUGCCCUGGCCACAGGCCCGUGAUGACCAAGUGGCCAAGAAGCUCUGGGAAUUCAGCGAGAGGCUGCUGGGACUGACCACUUAAGGCGGGAAGAGACAGAGACUUCCGGUGAGGAGAUAUGG